GCGCUCAAGAGUAUGACGCGCGGCAAAGGGCUGCCUAGCUAGGCAGCCUACUAGACUUUGAAACAGUUUGAGCAAUGGGCCGGGCUCGUCAGCUGGAGACGUAGCUGAUCGAAUCGUGCUGCUUGAAGCUACAUCACGGAAAUAUCGGCAGCAACAGCAGCUUGCAAAUGUCGCCCGCACGACCAGAACGCUGGGACUCCUCGACUCGGAACUAUUACUGCCAGCUUGCCAGGGGCCGGCAUAAUAUCUGGAUAUAUUUCAUCAUCAAAGGAAAUACCUGCAACAGUUAGCACCGCCCAGGCCGAAAUUGAUUCUGCCCUCGACGUAUGAUCAGCUUCCGCCCCGUUCAAAAAUACUUCGCAAGUUGCUGCAUUCCAGCACGCAAAUUUGUAGGACUGUCAGCUUCUCAAAGCUCGUCACAUGAUUUCUUGUAACUUGCGCGCUCUCUCAACACUGAAAUCGCCCACAAGAGCCAGCAAAGAGGCAGGGCUCAGAUCACACUCAGCCCGCCCGUGCCGCCGCCUAGUGCAGCUUCUUGCUUGUCGCGGUUCGGCUCUAGCCUCGAGCUCGCUGCCUGCAUUGAGCAAGGCGCCCCUUCACUGAUCGAGCUGAUCCCAAGAAACUGUCACGUAAUUGGUGAUCGACAAACGCGAUGGCGAUGGAGGGCAGUCACAUGACCAAGCCAGUGAGCAAGGUGGCUGCUGUGGAAGAGGAUGACUUCGAAACGGGGGAGGUGGCCUCGAAGCAAUACAGUUCGAACCCACUCGUGGCGUUUGUCCAAUGGGUCCUCUCCUUUGUGGUACCCGGACUGGGCAUGUUCUCAGAGGCCUACUUCAUCUUCUCCAUUGGCAACGUGACGAGCAUCUUCCAAAAGGAGUACCCCAAAUGCUGGGGCACUAAGUCGCACCCGCUCUGCAGCUCACGGCUCGUUGCGGGCAUCAUGGCGGGCAUGGUCUUUAUCGGUUUCUUCGCGGACCGCCUCGGCCGCAAGCGCGGCUCCAUUCUGUGCGCGAGUAUCAUGCUGCUCGGAGCCGUCAUGCUCAUCGUGUCGGACGGUCCGGACCAGAAGGGCAUACUACUCAUGUACACCAUCUCGCAGCUGGUUUUCGGUUUGGGCGUGGGGGGUGAAUACCCCGUCGCGUCAUCGUCCGCGGCCGAGCGCGCGGAGGCCGACAAGGCGCUGCAGGACCGCCGCGGCGAGACGGUCGUGCUGACGUUUUCCAUGCAGGGCGUCGGCAACGUUGCUAACGUCAUCGUCCUCAUGAUUUUGCUGGCGGCGUUCAACCAGAACGGCCCGACAUACGAUCCCACGCGCCUAGACUGGGUAUGGCGCCUCUCGUUUGCGGUCGGCCUGAUUCCGAUCUUCAUCAUGCUCUACAUUCGCAUCUUCAGGCUCAAGGAAUCGUCCAUUUGGCAGGCGAAGCACAACAACAUGGCGAAAGCGGGGCUGAACGACAGCUUCACGAUGCACAAGUUUUCGUUGCUCAUGUAUCACUAUUGGCACCGUCUGCUGGGCACGGCCGUCAGUUGGUACGUGUGGGACAUCACCUUCUACGGGAACAAGCUCUUCCAGGGUACCUUCAUCAAGAUCAUCGUGGGUCCCAAUGUGGGUCUCCUCACGACUGUGGAGUACACGCUUCUCAACGCAGUCAUUGCCCUCGUCGGUUAUUACUUCGCCGCGUUUACCAUCGAUAAGCGCUGGAUGGGAAGGACCAGAAUGCAGAUCAUGGGCUUUGCCUGGGUCUUCGUGCUGUUCCUCGCGUGCGCGAUAUGGUACUCGGACCUCAUCAAACCGGCGCACAUCCACGUGUUCCAGUUCCUGUACUAUAUGAGCUCCUUCUGGGGCCAGUGGGGGCCCAACUCAACGACGUGGCUGCUGCCUGGAGAGAUCUUUCCGACCGAGACGAGGGCUUUCACUCACGGCAUGGCCGCUGCGACGGGCAAGGCGGGUGCGUUGACGGCGGGGCUCUGGUUCGAGCAUCUGUCCAAUCAGAGCAGAUUCUACGUGUGCGCCAUUUGCGGGGCCAUUGGUCUCUCCUUCACCAUCGUCUUCGUGCCGGAUAUCACCGGCCUCGACCCGCGCGAGGCCGACACGCGCAAAUUCUUCCUUAACCACAAGGCCAGGAACCCGAGAUUAGCACAAGGUCUCGUCCUAACCAUCGUGUUUGUGCCGGACCUUACGGGCCUCGAUUUGCGCGAGGCCGACGCGCGCUGGUUCAUGCUGGUGGACGGCAGAAGCAGCGAGUACGUGGGCGAAGCAAUCAAACCGCGCCACCUGUCGCUCUGGGAGCGAAUCGUCGGGUACGGAAAAGUUUACGACCCGUCGGCGCCCAAACUGGACCUCAAGACGCUCUCGAUGGAGAAGAAGCUCGCGCAGAAACUGCAGAUUUAG